CGGAAUGGAUUCUAGUUACAAGUUGCGUGGCCCGCCCCCGUGAUGAGUAGUUAUUUUUGCUUCACUCGAUCUCCUGGCAACAACCGCGGGAAUGGACGACACUAUAUAGUUCACGGGGAAGCCGCAGCUUAGAGGUGGUACCACUACCAAUACCACUGCACGGCACUGCUUCUCCAACUCAAAAGGGAAUUGGAGGAGCCAAGGGGAGUGAAUUAGGAAGCUCGCAAUGGCGGCUCCCCUGUUUGUUGGUGGUAGAGCGGCGGCCAUGACUGCGGCGGUGCUGGCCACCGUCGCCGCCCUGCUCGCCCCCGCCGCCGUGGCGCAGCUCUCGACGUCCUUCUACAGCGGCAGCUGCGCGAGCCUGGAGUCCAUCGUGCGGUCGGGGAUGACGUCCGCCGUCCAGCAGGAGCCGCGGAUGGGCGCCUCCAUUCUCCGCCUCUUCUUCCACGACUGCUUCGUCAACGGCUGUGACGGUUCGGUGCUCCUGGACGACUCGUCGACCCUCACGGGGGAGAAGAACGCCGGGCCCAACGCCAACUCGCUGCGGGGCUACGAGGUGAUCGACGCCAUCAAGUCCCGGGUCGACGCCGCCUGCCCCGGCACCGUCUCCUGCGCCGACAUUCUCGCCGUCGCCGCACGCGACGGCGUCAACCUGCUGGGCGGUCCGACGUGGGCAGUGCCGCUGGGCCGCCGCGACGCGCGCACGACGACGCAGGCGGCGGCGAACAGCAACCUCCCGUCCCCGUCGUCCAGCGCCGCCACCCUCAUCUCGGCGUUCGCGUCCAAGGGCCUCGACUCCCGCGACAUGGUGGCGCUCUCCGGCGCGCACACCAUCGGGGCGGCGCGGUGCGCGAGCUUCCGGUCGCGCAUCUACAACGACACCAACAUCAACGCCGGGUUCGCGACGCGGCGGCGGCAGGUGUGCGGCCCGCAGAGCGGCGCCACCGACGGGAACCUGGCGCCGCUGGACGCCUUCAGCUCCGUCCGCUUCGACAACGGAUACUACCGCAACCUGCUGAGCCGCUUCGGCCUGCUGCACUCGGACCAGGAGCUGUUCGGCAGCGGCGGGCCGGUCGACUCCAUCGCGCAGCAGUACGCGGGCAACGGCGGCGCCUUCUCCGCCGACUUCGUCACCGCAAUGAUCAAGAUGGGCAACAUCAGCCCGCUCACGGGGUCCAGCGGCGAGAUCCGCAACAACUGCAGGAAACCCAACUAACUUUGCUCCUUCCUGGAGACUCGUGGCCGGCCGGGGAUCGAUCGUUCGACAUUAUUGCCAGCGAAGAUCGGGGGGGACGACGAGAAGCAUUUAGGCGGGUCGGAUGUGUGGCUUUUUUUUGUUCUGGUGGGAAGGCGG